GCUCUCUCUCGCCCGGUCUGGAUUUGGCUCGCCCGGCGGAGAGCGGCGCAGGGGCCGAGGGCGGCGCGGGGAGGCCGGGCUGAGCCGCCCCGAAGCGCGCAAAGACAAAGGGGGCCGAAGGACUCGCCGCGAUCCGGCCGGCGGCAUGGAGGACAGCGAGCCGCGCCCGGCCGAAGGAGGCGCCCCGCGGCAGCCCACGCCGACGCCGCCUCCCCAGCACGAGGACCCGGGCAGCGGCAGCGGCAGCGACGGCGAGCCCGGGCGGCGGCGGGCCCUGCUCCUGCCCAGGGCGCUCCAGCCGCCCGCCAACCACCCGCACCCGCCGCACCGCAUCACCAACUUUUUCAUCGACAACAUCCUGCGGCCCGAAUUCGGGCGGAGGAAGGACGGCGGCCCCGGCGGCGCCAGCCCCGACCAGCAGCACCAGCAGCAGCAGCACAGCCGGGGCGUCCGCAGCCCCUCCGCCGCCGCGCCCGCCUCCACCGCCCCGGCCGAAGGACCAGCAGGCGGCGGCGGCGGCGGCUCCAAAGCGCUGGGCGCCGCCAAGAAAGCAGGCGAGGCCGGCCCGCUCGAGGCAGCCCUCAAGACCCGCGGCGGAGGAGGCGGCGGCGGCGGCGAUCUGUCGGUCAGCUCGGACUCGGACAGCUCGCAGGCCGGCGCUUACCCCGGCGGGCAGCCCAUGCUGUGGCCGGCCUGGGUCUACUGCACCCGCUACUCGGACCGGCCUUCCUCAGGCCCCCGGUCGCGCAAGCCAAAGAAGAAGAACCCCAACAAGGAGGACAAGCGCCCGCGGACGGCCUUCACGGCGGAGCAGCUGCAGCGGCUCAAGGCCGAGUUCCAGACGAACCGCUACCUGACGGAGCAGCGGCGCCAGAGCCUGGCCCAGGAGCUCAGCCUCAACGAGUCGCAGAUCAAGAUCUGGUUCCAGAACAAGCGCGCCAAGAUCAAGAAGGCCACCGGCAACAAGAACUCCCUGGCCGCCCACCUCAUGGCCCAAGGACUCUACAACCACUCCACGGCCUCGAAAGACGGCAAGUCCGACAGCGAGUGAAGGGGGGGGGGCGGGGGCGGCCGGGGAGGGGGGGUGGGGGGGACAGAGUUUAUACGAUGCAAUAAUUUAAUUAAAAAAAAACAAAAACAAAAAAACAAAACAAAACAAAACAAAACAAGGGCCAGUGUAUAAAGACUAUACCAGCAUAAAUAGUGGGAAAUAUUGUGUAUUAGAUAUAAUUCUGCAAUAUUCUGUGUAUAUGUGUAUAUAAAUAUAUAUAAUUUACAGGUAAGGUGUUGUACAAAAUCCGAAAAUAUCUGAUUAUAAAAUAUUUUUGAGUUUUCUUUUUUUUUUGGUUCGACGGAAAUUUUAGAUGCUAUCUUUAUCGAUUUUUUUAAGAGCUUAAGUUGCCUUUUUUGAUAGACUUAAGCGCUGUUGGGAAGAGACAUUGGACCUGGUUUUUUGAAAUUCAAAAAUAUUAAAACAACUUUUUGCUGACGUCCAAAGAUUUUUAUUGCUGCAUUUCACGAGACUGUGAACCGAAUAAAUAGCUCUCCUAUUUGUUCUA